CUUUCAACGACCGGACGUCUUCCUCUUCCUCUUCCGGAGGAUAAACAGAGUUACAGAGAGACAUAUAUGCAAGAAAUAUUUCAAGAAGAAGAAGAAGAAAAAUGUGGGUGUUCUAUCUUAUAUCGCUGCCUCUCACAAUGGGUAUGGUGGUGAUCACCUUGAAAUAUUUCGCGGGACCCGGCGUCCCCAGAUACGUUCUCUUCACCGUCGGAUACACCUGGUUCUGCUCUCUCUCCAUCAUCAUUCUCUUUCCUGCCGAUAUUUGGACCACUAUAAUGGGCCACUACAGUGGGGGGAUAUCUUUCUUUUGGAGCUUGUCAUAUUGGAGUACUUUUUUACUUACUUGGGUUGUGGUGCCCACUAUUCAGGGUUAUGAAGAUGCUGGGGACUUCACUGUGACAGAAAGAUUGAAAACUAGCAUUCAUGAAAACUUAGUCUUUUACCUAUGCAUUGGCAGUAUUGGACUUUUUGGACUAGUACUACUGAUUCUCUUACGCAGAAAUUGGAGUGGUGGUAUUCUGGGUUUAGCCAUGGCUUGCUCAAAUACUUUUGGACUUGUUACUGGUGCAUUUCUUCUUGGCUUUGGUUUGGGUGAAAUUCCAAAGGGCAUUUGGAAAAAUGCAGAUUGGACUACUCGCCAAAAGGUUCUGACACAGAAAGUUGCCAAAAUGGCAGUGAAACUCGAUGAUGCUCAUCAAGAAUUUUCAAAUGCUAUUGUAAUUGCUCAGGCAACAUCAAAGCAAAUGUCCAAGCGUGAUCCUUUGAGACCAUACAUGAAGAUCAUUGAUGAUAUGUUCCUGCAAAUGUUAAAAGAAGAUCCUUUCUUCAAACCUCAAGGCGGGAGAUUAGGAGAAAAUGAUAUGGACUAUGAUACUGAUGAGAAAUCAAUGGCAACACUAAGACGUCAGCUUCGGAGAGCUCGAGAGGAGUAUUACCGGUGUAGAAGCGAAUAUUUGAAAUUUGUCUUGGAAGCCCUUGAGCUGGAAGAUACUAUAAAAAAUUAUGAGCACCGGAAUGCCACAGGAUGGAAAUAUAUUUCAAGCUUUAGGCAUGAACGAAUGGGCACACUAGGUUCUCUUCUUGAUAUGAUUGAGUUGAUGUGGCGGUGUAUACUAGGGAAACAGCUCAAGAAACUUUUGGCAAUUAUAUUUGGUUGCAUCUCAGCUGCAGUUCUUUUAGCGGAGGCUACUAUACUGCCCAGUGGAGUUGAUUUAUCUCUCUUCUCUCUUCUCAUAAAUUCUGUUGGAAGGCAGGAGAUACUUGUGCAGGUAGCUGCUUUUAUUCCUCUGAUGUAUAUGUGUGUUUGCACAUAUUAUUCCUUGUUUAAAAUUGGAAUGCUGAUGUUUUACUCGCUGACGCCUAGGCAAACAAGCUCAGUCAGCUUGCUUAUGAUAUGCUCGAUGGUUGCACGAUAUGCACCUCCAAUUUCAUACAACUUUCUCAAUCUCAUUCGUCUUGAUGGGGAUGAAAGGACUAUCUUUGAACAGAGAAUGGGAAAUAUUGAUGAUGCUGUCCCUUUCUUUGGAAAAGGAUUCAAUAAAAUAUAUCCUCUUAUUAUGGUUAUAUAUACCUUGUUAAUUGCAAGCAAUUUUUUUGACCAGCUGAUUGAAUAUUUUGGGAAUUGGAAGAUAUUCAAGUUUCUAAAUGAAUCAGAUGAUAUGGAUGGAUUUGAUCCAUCAGGAGUAAUUAUUUUGCAGAAAGAACGGUCUGGGCUUGAGCAAGGGCAUAGUGUCGGCGAGCUUGUUAUUCCGUUAGCAAGGAAUUUCAACAACAUUAGUAUUUUCAUUGAAUCUGGAAGCAGUAGCACAUUAUUAGAUAAGGAUGACACUGAAAUGAAAGCAACUAAUGCUAUAGAGGAUGGAAAGAGAGGUCAACUAAUACCUCUGAAGGAAGCCAUAAACAAGCACACUGCUCGAAGGGAACGCAACAAACAAGCAUCCAAUAUGGAUUUGAUCGGGAAAAAUGAAACCUCAACAGCUGAUGUUGAUGCAUGCGAAACUCAAAUCAUAGCAGCAGGACCAUCAUCUGAAUUAGCCUCAAAGUGGGAAACCAUGAAGUCUGGUUUUCAGAAUUUCAAGUCUUACAUUCCUUUACGCCUGCAGGUUCAAGAAAACAAACUUGACUCGCAUGUUUCCUCGUCGGAAUCACUUGAUGAAAUGUUUCAGAGAUUGAAACAGCCACCUGUAAACAAUGGAGGUUAUGGCGAAGAUGAUUAUGAUGAUUAUCUUUAUGGUCAUGGCAUGGACAUCAGGAAGAUGGGACCAUCCAGAUAGUCUGUUACACAGCAAGGGGACUUAGGGGAGCCUAUGAAUACUGUAAUAUAGCGGCUCUUGCUGCUGCUGACUUAAA